CCUGCUGGAGCGGUAAAGAGAGAGCGGGGGGGGGGAGCCAGCUCCACCCGGCCCGAGCUGGGGGCGGACGGCCGCGACGGCUGCCCUGCCGCGGCUGCUAGCAGCGCGCAGCGGUGGCUGCUCAUUGAGAGAAUGGCUGCGGCUGCGUGCGGCUCCCCCACGAGUCGGCCGCCCCAGGAACCCCAGCAGGAGCCCCCGCCGCGGGAGCAAGCGCCGCCGCCCCUGCCCCUGCCGGCUCCUCCUGCGAGGAAGCGGGGGGGAGAUUCGCGGCGGAGGCAGGCCGCCCUUUUCUUCCUCAAUAACAUCUCCUUGGACGGGCGGCCGCCCUGCCUGGCCCCGGGAAAGGCGCAAUUGCAGCAGCAGCCGCCUCCGCCGCGGCCCCCUUCCUCUUCCUCCUCCGCGGCCCCGGGGGAGCAGCGGCCGAAGGAAGAUGUGUCAGUCACAACGGCGGCAGCCGCGGCGGAUCCUGGUCCCCGCCUCCUGCUGCCCCCCCCCGGCGCCCCGUCUGGGCUUCUCCUGCCCACCGUGGCUGCUGCUGCCGAGCUGGACCCGUCCCGAGGCCUGGGAGCCGCCGCCGCCGCCGCCCUCUUGCCCCAGCUGCUGCUGGGCAGCCCGCUGUGCCCGGUCCCCGCGGCGCCCGUCCCUGCAGUCGCCUCGGCUGGCCUGGCAGGGGUGCUGGUAGGGGCCGCCAAGCCCGGCAUCGCCCCGCAAGGGCUGCUGAGUCCCACCCAGAGCGUCGCUGCUGGAGGAGGGUUCCCCUUGGAAGUCCAGAGGCAAAGAACCAAGCACGUUUCUGGAUCUCCAAGGCACAAAGGCUUGAAGAAGAUGCACUUCAUCAAGAACAUGCGGCAAUAUGACACAAGGAACAGCAGGAUUGUAUUAAUUUGUGCUAAGCGAACUUUGUGUGUGGCUUUUUCUAUCAUGCCAUAUGGGGAGAAUUUGCGGAUCAGUGAGCUGAGAAUAGAGGGGCAGAAACAGAGGCAUCCUUCUGGUGGAGUUUCAGUCUCUUCGGAGAUGGUGCUAGGAAUGGAAGGAGUCGAGCUGGGAGCUGAUGGCAAGGUGGUGUCUUAUGCAAAGUUCUUAUAUCCAACUAAUGCUCUUGUUGGCCGCAAAAAUGAUGCUCAUGGUGCUGUUCCUGUGUGUCGAGCCUCUGCUCUGAGGAGUGCUGGUGGAUCAAGAUACAAAACUGCAACAGCCAAAACAAUAUCUUCCACAACAGAUAUUGGAAAUGAAGUUGGUGAGUUAGCAGAGUAUAAUCCCAAUCUCCUUGAUGAUCCUCAGUGGCCAUGUGGGAAGCACAAGCGUGUUCUCAUCUUUGCAUCAUACAUGACCACAGUAAUAGAAUACGUAAAACCCUCAGACCUUAAGAAGGAUAUGAAUGAAACAUUUAAAGAGAAGUUUCCUCACAUCAAGCUGACACUGAGCAAAAUCAGAAGUUUAAAGAGAGAGAUGCGGAACCUGAGUAUGGAAUGCAACCUGGAGCCGGUAACUGUGUCCAUGGCUUAUGUUUACUUUGAAAAGCUUGUCCUCCAAGGCAAGCUCAACAAACAGAACCGAAAACUGUGCGCCGGUGCUUGCGUGCUGCUUGCAGCCAAGAUUAGUAGUGAUCUCAGGAAACACGAAGUCAAACACCUUAUUGAUAAGCUAGAAGAAAGAUUCAGAUUCAACAGAAGAGAUCUCAUUGGGUUUGAAUUUACUGUACUUGUGGCUUUGGAACUAGCCCUUUACCUUCCUGACAACCAAGUGUUACCUCACUUCCGGCGUCUUACACAGCAAUCCUAGCCAAAGCUACAUUUUAGCAAAAAUGCCAGUACUCAGAUGCUGAAAUUUGUUGUUGGCCUCUGGUCCUUUCCUGUGCCACAAUAAUGAACAAUGUUUUGAAUAUACCUGAUGUGAAGACUGUAGUGGGAUUUUAUGGAGUUAGCAAGAUGGUGUGAACAACACAGAUUCUAUGUGUGAGAAGUCUCAGAAGUGAUGUGUUGAGCUUUGGACACUAAAGCACAAAAGGUUUGCAACCAGUUGCCACCAAUGCUGCUGGUCAUACCUUAUUUACCUUUUUUCCUCCCAGUUUUUUUCUUGGAAAUAAUCUGUUCUUCCCACCAAGUAUUGCUACUUUUUCAUUUCCUUACACUUUUAUCAUUCUUUUUUUUUCUCUCUCUCUUCCUUGAAUCUAAAAGUGCAUCAGUUCCAUUCCGAAAUAUCAUAUGCUUCAAAUAGUAUUAUUGAGAAUUUUUACAUCUUAAACUGUGGAAACGUGUAUUACUUUGCAGGUUCAGGUGUGUGGAAAAAAAGAUGUGCCUAAGACUGAACUGGGCUGGUACCAAUUGGUCUCUCUUUUUUGUUUUCUUUUUUCUUUUUUGUUGCUUUUUGGCAAUUUUUGAACUUAAAUAGCAAUUUAUCCUUUUGCCUUUGUUUACCUUGUGCUAUAAGGGAAACAAUUCCAUUUUAUGUGCACUAUUAUUUCCAGAAGAGAUGUAUAUUUAAAAACAAUAUUCUACUUGGUUCACAAAUAAAAACUUUUCUUUUUUAAAUUGAAACAUUUCUCAAAAAUUGCACUUGUUGAUCAAGGCAGCUAUAGCAAAACAAUUCCCAUUUUCACUUGUCCUUCAGACAAUGACUGAAGGCCGUUUGAUUUUUAUGGUGGUAAUUUGGUCUUGUAGCUCCCAGAGCUGACAUCUUAUUUUGUCACUGAAAGCUGGAAUGAUGAACUGUUUUAUUUAUAAACAAUGUAUUUCAUGUAUUGUCUUUCUUGUGUGAUCUUGACACGCGUCCGUCUCAGCCAGUACAGCUGUCGUUUUCUAAAUUAAGCCAAUGAAACUAAGCAUGUCUGACUUCAAUAAUCCUUUUUUUAGAAAAAAGAAAAUGGGUUCUUCCAAGCUUUUUGCCACUGUGAUGAUCCUCAUGAACCUGACUUUCCAUUGCACAUUCAGACAGCCAAACUCAUAGAGGUUAAUGUCCAGCAUGGUGGUGGUGAAACAAAUGAUACAGUUUCUACCACUGCUAGCCAGAUAUUUUUGGCUUAAUCAUCCAGAUGUUGAAGAUGAGCAGUAUAACUUCUUGAGCCUGUAGCAGAAAAGUUGGUGGCUGUUGAGUUUCUUUUCUAAGCAAUAUUGUGAUACAAGUCAAGGUGUGUGUGUGGGUGGAUCUGAUACUUGCCAGGGAACAAAAUUAGUAUUCUUGGGUGUUGUGACUUGGUAUGUUCAUAACUCAUUUGAUUGUUUUCAUUAACUGUGACUUUGGUCACUUCUAUACAUCAUGCAGAAUGAGGUGGCAGAACUGUGGACUGUACCAAUGCAGGAGUGGGAUUAUAUUUUCAAGCACACAUCCAACCCCAACUUGUAGUAAACCAGCAUACUGGUGAAAAGGCUUAUGUAACCCAUUCUCCCUGAUACACUAUUUUAGUACAUGCAGGGAAUUUUUCCACACACAGCUGCAGUCUGAAGUGGUACAGUCCAGAAUUCUACAUCUCAGCCUGUAGAUCAACUCUUAGAAAUAGUAAACUAAAUGUGGCUAUAUGACUUCUGGUACCCAGAAUGCCAUACAUUUUAACUUGGGUGUAUAAGUUGAGUAGCCACUAAAUAGAUGGGAGAGGUGGAGAGAGGAGAAUUGCAAAGUGGCGCUAGAAACAUUUGAAAGACAGUGCAAUGUUCAGUGCCCUAUUCCAGAUACGAUUACAUGAGGAGGCCUUGGCUUUUUGGUUGCUAUGUCUCUAGCACCUAUGCAUGAAUAUAAAACCAUUUGGAUAAAUGGUUCAGAUAAGGUCAAUUUGACGUCACUGAAAUUGCAGCAAACAUAGUUAAGAAUGCCUAUCUAACCAAGGCUUGAACGUUAGACAUCUAGCUAUAAUAAUACCAGUCAAGUCAUAAUUAUAGCACCUUUUUAUAUAACGUAGUACAGGGAGAUAUGUAUCUUACUAACUAGUGCUGUUCAAAAUGUUAAAUGUAGUAUGCUUAUUUCCAAGUAAACUUUGACAAUGCAGGACAACAUCCUAACUUUUCCCAAGAUAAAAUUUAGAAACCGUUUCAUAAGGUGUUGAAACAAUCCUUCACCCAAAACCAAGAGAGGCUGCUUUUUUACCUACCUGUCAGUCUUGUAUCAUAAACACAGUUGGCUUGUAUUCAUGCACUGUGUUCAAGUUGAAAUAGUUGCCAACUUAAAACUUUCCAGCUGAAGUAGUCAUUACUUUGUCCAAGCAAAAAUGGGAGUGAUGGGUUGACGAGUGAAUUGAUUCCUGCUUAGGACUAUUUGAGCUGGUGGAGCUGUAAAUUUUCAAUAUGAAGUACAUCAGUUUUGUCUUUUGGAUAAUGUAUUAUUUUAAAUUUUAAAUUUCACAAUAUUCAGACCAUGGAGCAAAAAUAGAUUACUUAAAAUGUUUUUAAGACUUGACCUCACUCAACAUGUUCAUUGUUUUGAAUGCACAAGGGCAAUUGAAUGGAUGUAUCUUCAGUUAGUGAAUUGGAUUUAUAAUUCUUCAUAGUAGGGUAAAAAUGAGUUUUAAGAUGAAGAAUCUAGCCUCCAGUCAAGAAUUUGGACUCCUGCAGAUCUAGAGUUGGUCCUCGUGUAGGGCAAAGGACUUCAGCUUUUUUUAUUAUAUGUAGGGUGUGUUUUGUAUUAACUCUUCAAAGAUGUUCUAGGUCCUGCAUAACAUAAUGAAGAGAAAUGUUGCUUCAGGAGUCCUGAAGAUGAGAAAUUGAGUAUCAAAUUUGACAUUUUUUAACUCUGCAGUUUCCACUUUUUAACUCUGCAAUUUGACUUGUAUGUUGAAUAUAUUAUUCCUGUGACUAACUGGUAUAGAAACAUUCAGCUCUUGAUUACUGUUGUGAAUAUUGGGGGGGUGGCACUAUUUGCAUUUUCUUACCUUAUAUUUUUGGUUCCUAUUUUCAAUCGGCUAAGCCUCAUUGUAUUCCUUUUUUAUGCAAAAGUUGCCACUGUGUGGUAAACAUUAUUAUUACAACCAAACCUAGAUCCCCUGUAAAAUCCCAGAUUGCAUUUGUUAGAGGGAGAUACUAUUCUCUUUAACACUUGAGGUUUAAAUUAUGUAAUCUUAUGUAAAUAAUGGUGCUUGUCUACCUUCAGUCCAAGAAAACACUCUGGAUUGAAGUUUGUAUAUUUAUGUAAAUAAUAUUUUUGUGCUAUCGUAAAUUUUAAGUUCCUGCUUUGUAAAAUGUCUUAUUCUGUUCUUCCAAUGAAAUGAAUGAAUAUGUUAAUAAGAUGCUGUGUAAUUGAAUGUUUUGAUACCCAUUUUAUAACCAAGCACAUCUGAAGAUGCUUCAGUUUGGUGUCAUAAAUACUCCUUUAAAAAAAAAGUUAGAUGCUUUUUUUCCCUUCUAUCCCCCUCCCCAUGCAAAGGCUUUUCUGGAAAAAAUGGCUAGAUUUUAGAACAAAUACCAGAUGCGCAGAUUUGUGGCAUUGGGGUGGAGUACCUUGGGUAACUUGUCCCACCACUGCAAGGAUUACAACUAGCACAGCAGGACAUCCCCCUCUCCUUAUCUCAUGCCAUCCCCAAAUCUGCUCUGAAAAGUUGGGAGAUCACCUAGAACAGAUUUAGGGGGUCUAUGGGGGGAAGAGAGUCCCACUGUGCUAACAGUGAUCCUUGUGUUGACAGGACCAUGACUUAGUGCUACUUUGGAUACAACCCCCAGAAUUCUAAAUAUCCAACUGAGGACAGAGCUGUCAAAUACCAUACACUUCUCAGUUUUUUACAGGGAUUGAAAAGAUUUUGAUUAAUAUAAUUUGUGGUUAAAACAUUGAAAUAAGUAAGCAAAAUAAGGCUGUAGGAAACAUUCA